AUGGAUGUGGGGAAGGUGUCACCAAGGGAUGUAAAGAAGGUGUCAUCAAGGGAUGUGUCAUUAGGUGAUGUAGGGAAGGUGUCACCAAGGGAUGUGGGGAAGGUGUCACCAAGGGAUGUAAGGAAGGUGUCACCAAGGGAUGUGGGGAAGGUGUCACCAAGAAAUGUGGGGAAGGUGUCACCAAGGGAUGUGAGUGUCACCACGGGAUGUGGGGAAGGUGUCACCAAGGGAUGUAAGGAAGGUGUAACCAAGGGAUGUAAGGAAGGUGUCAUCAAGGGAUGUGUCAUCAAGGGAUGUGGGAAAGGUGUCAACAAGGGAUGUGGGGAAGGUGUCAUCAAAGAUGUGGGGAAGGUGUCACCAAGGGAUGUGGGGAAGGUGUCACCAAGGGAUGUGGGGAAGGUGUCAUUAAGGGAUGUGGGGAAGGUGUUACCAAGGGAUGUAAGGAAGGUGUCAUUAAGGGAUGUGGGGAAAGUGUUACCAAGGGAUGUAAGGAAGGUGUCAUCAAGGGAUAAGGAACUGGUCGGUGAGGGCUGGAAUGGAGUUCAGGACAAGACGGAGUUAAUCGGUGAGGGCCGAAGUGGUUUUCAAGACAAGAAGGAACUGGUCGGUGAGGGCUGGAAUGGAGUUCAGGACAAGACGGAGUUAAUCUGUGAGGGCCGAAGUGGUUUUCAAGACCAGAAGGAAGUGGUCGGUGAGGGCUGGAAUGGAGUUCAGGACAAGACGACGUGCGCUUUACUUUCAGCUGAGACGCAGACAUGCGCCAUUAUACGCUGCGGGGACAAAGAGUCCAAACGACACGAAUGCCGGCCUGGACUCGGAAGUGUGGCUGUCUUCUCGAUGUCACUGAUGAGGGAUCUGUCCCAGGGUGCAUGUCAACAGGAUGUGACGUACGGUCCAACGUCUCAUGGUGCUGUCUGGGUUGACAAAGGGUGUGAUGGUCAGUUUCAAGUCUGUUACGCCACCACAGGAGAAGGACUCAACUGUGACAAAGGGUGUGGGGUAAAUGCUGUAUGUGUUGAGGGAAAGUGUCACUGCAGCAAGGGUUUCUAUGGUAACCCGUACGUCAAGUGUGAAGAUGUGUGCACGUGCGCUGCCUACGGGGACCCCCACUUGCGGUUAUACGACAAACAAAAGAUAACUGUAAACGGUCCUUGUCGAUACACCCUAACAAAAUACGGAAACGAGAGCGACAAAUGUGCCUUUAAUAUCGAGCUCAAAAACGAGCAGAGGGGUACCAGGAAGAACGUGGCCUACACGCGAUCUGUGCACGUGAUGGUUAACGGGUUCGUUAUUGACCUCAUAAAGGACAAAGAAGUACUUAUAAAUGGCGUCGCACAGUUCUUUCCUGUUAGUGUGACGUCAGACACGCAUGGGGAAAUCGACAUUUACAAUACCGGGCAGUACGCCAGACUGGUAACCGGAUGUGGCCUGUCACUUUCCUGGAAUGGUAGAUCGGAAGUUUUCGUGACAGUUCCGAAGAGAUACGGAAAUGAUCUAAACGGCCUGUGCGGAAACUGUAAUGGAAAACGGGACGAUUAUAGAACGAAGAAUGGGACGGACGUGUCCGGUGUAAGGACUAAAGGCAGGGAGAUAGCAGAGAGUUACCUUGUCAAAGACCUGUCUGAUGACGCGGCUAAGGAAUGUGCAGUUGGAGAAACGGAGGACCCAUGUAGUGGAGACAUGGAACUUUUAGUACAGGAACCAGUGUACUGUGGGUUACUGUUUCCGGCUCGUCAGGCAUCCAGUCCGUUCCAAGAGUGUAUUAGCACCAUUCCGGAAAUUAUUCUUGACAUGUAUUCGUCAUGUCGCUUCGACGUGUGCACAUAUUUCCAUGACGAACACCGCGUAAAAGAAGUUGUCUGCCAGGCCAUGGACAGCAUGGCAGCUGAGUGUGAGGAGAGGGGAUAUAUGGUAAAAUGGAGGACGGAGUCAUUUUGUCCUCCUAAAUGUCCGGAGAACAUGCGAUACAGCACCGAGAUAAGUGGAUGUCCAGCCACCUGCCUUGACCCUCAUCGUGCCCAGACCACUUGUUCCCAGCCCCUGUCGGCCGGAUGUGAGUGUCUACCUGGAUACCUGCUUAGUGGCCUUGCCUGUGUUCCAAUGACAGACUGUGGCUGCAAGUCUGAAGUCGGAUAUCUUCCUCUUUGGAAAUCGUCGCUGUCGUUGGACUGUCAGACGAUGCUAACAUGUGUUGAAACGAAUGGGAAACCAACCCUGCAAAAGAAAACUGUCACAUUACAAUGUCACGAGUACGCCGCGUGCGGGCUGCAGUCAGGACGUCCUAAUUGCGCCUGUUUGGACGGAUACUUUGGAGACGGCAUAACUUCUUGUGAACCCUUAUGUAACGGAACAAAAUGUGGUCUGCACGCUCGUUGCCUGGAUAUGCGUUGUCGCUGUGGAAACGGUUACCAUGGAAAUCCUUACGUCAACUGUGAACCAAUCGGGACAUGUGGAGGUGAGAGUUGCUCUGAAAACGCUGAUUGCAUCAACUACAACUGUGUGUGUCGGCAGGGCUAUGUCGGGGAUGGAUACGACGAGUGUAAAAGUCUGUGUAAUAGACGGAGGUGUGCUGACAAUGCCCAAUGUGUAGACGAUAACUGUAGAUGUAUACCUGGUUACCAUGGUAACGGCUACAUUCAUUGUGAACCCGCUGCUGUGUGUGAUGGCCGGACCUGUGUCGCGGAUGCUGAGUGUGUUAACUACAAGUGUGUAUGUCAGCGUGGUUACUAUGGUGAUGGGUACCACGCCUGUAUUGCUCUUUGUGACGGCAUGCGAUGCUGUUCCAACGCAUCCUGUCAGGAUGACAGAUGUGUCUGUCUUCCGGGAUUCCAUGGAAACGGAUAUAUAAAGUGUGAACCUGAUGGUAAGUGCGAUGAUGCUAUAUGUGCAAAGGGUGCCACUUGCGUUAACUCCAUCUGUAGGUGUGGUGCUGGAUACCAUGGAGAUCCGUAUGUAGUGUGUAAAGCCCUGUGUAAUGGAAGGAGAUGUGCACAAAGAGCUUCUUGUAUCGACGGCGAGUGUAGAUGUGAUGACGGUUUCCAUGGAGACGGUGACGUCAAAUGCGAACCAUUACGAGUUUGUGAUGGACGUAAGUGUGGCGCGAACGCGGUAUGUGUGAACUACCAGUGUACAUGUACUCGCGGAUUCUAUGGAGACCCCUACAUGCAAUGCACACCUCUGUGUAAAGGGAGACAAUGUGUACAGAACGCGUAUUGCUACAGAGAGGAGUGUGUGUGUACAGAAGGUUACCAUGGUAACGGAUAUCUGAAAUGUGAAGCAACGUCACUAUGUGGAGGGAAGAUGUGUUCCCCUGACGCCAAGUGUCUCAACUAUCAGUGUGUGUGUAGAGACGGCUUUGUAGGAGACGGGUACAGCCAUUGUGAAGAACUAUGCAGUAACAGAAGAUGUGCAAAGUUUGCAACAUGUAAAGAUGGAAAAUGCAGGUGUAUGGAAGGUUUCCAUGGCAACGGAUACCUGCAAUGUUACUCCCUGGACUUCUGCGAUGGUCGCCAUUGUUGUGAGCAUGCCACUUGUCUAUACGGGAAAUGUGUGUGUUCACCUGGGUAUGUUGGAGAUGGAUAUGUCUCCUGUAAAUCCCUUUGUGGAGGAGAGCGAUGUGGUGGUAACGCCGAAUGUCAAAACGGCAAAUGUGUGUGUUACGACGGGUUUCAUGGUACACCCACCAUACGCUGUGAACCUGUUUACACAUGCGGCGGGAAGACUUGUGUGACUAAUGCCGUCUGUAUCAACUACGCAUGUCAGUGUCAGACAGGAUUCAUUGGUAAUGGCUACUUGGAGUGUAAGAAACUUUGUGGCGAAAGGAUUUGUUCCCAACAUGCUCAAUGUUUGAACGACGAAUGCGUGUGUACUGCAGGUUUCCAUGGAAAUGGAUACAACAAAUGUGAAGCCUUGGGCAUUUGUGGCGGAACCAACUGUGUUCAGAAUGCCCACUGUUUCGACUACGCAUGUGUCUGUGACCAGGGUUAUAUCGGCGAUGGCUAUAGCAAGUGCGAACCUGUGUGUGAUUUCCGACGCUGUGCAGAAUACGCUUACUGUGAUGCUAAUGAGUGUGUCUGUCAGAACGGGUACCAGGGUAAUCCCUACAUCAGAUGUGAACCUGCCAGUGUUUGUGACGGAAGAACAUGUGCCUCAUUUGCUAAAUGUAUCAACUACGAAUGUAAAUGUAACCAUGGCUAUAUCGGAGAUCCCUACAACAAGUGUGAACCUCUAUGUGGUGGACAAACUUGUGCGAAUUAUGCUGUGUGUAAGGAUAACAAAUGUGUGUGCAGUUUUGGUUACCAAGGAAACGGUUUGAUCUUGUGUGAACCGCCAUACUUAUGCGGAAGGAAAAUCUGCACAGAGUUUGCAGAGUGCAUCAAUUAUGUGUGUAAAUGUAAAAAAGGAUUUCAUGGAAAUGGUUACAAUAAAUGUAAACGAUUGUGUGAUGGACGCUCGUGUGUAGAUCACUCUUCUUGUAUAGACGGAAAGUGUGAAUGUGACACGGGAUACAGUGGCGACGCCUACAUACAAUGUGAAGAAUCAGGAAGUUGUGGUGGGAAGACUUGUACAGAGAAUGCAUCCUGUAAGAACUACCACUGUUUGUGUGACCCUGAUUACUACGGGGACGGUUACACUCGCUGUUUACGCAUCUGUAAGGGUAUACCAUGCGUCGACCACGCAGAGUGUACAGAAAGUGGUUGUAAAUGCACACAAGGUUACCAUGGAGACGGAUACAUCAAAUGUGAACCUAAUGGGUUCUGUAAUGGAGAUCGAUGUGCUGAAUACGCUGAGUGCCAGAACUACAGGUGUAAGUGUCGGCCUGGGUACAGUGGAGAUGGCAAUACAAAAUGUACAGAGCUCUGUAACGACCGGCUAUGUGUUGCUAACUCCAUUUGUGUGGACAACAAGUGUCAGUGUGCCGAAGGAUUUCACGGAAACGGACACGUAUUGUGUGAACCGACUACUGUGUGUGGUGGUAAGGAAUGUUCUGUGAACGCGGAGUGUGUGAACUUCCAAUGUCAGUGUCAACAAGGAUAUGUUGGGGACGGUAUCAAGAAAUGUAAAGCCCUUUGUGGGACAAUCAAGUGUGUGGAGUUUGCAUCCUGCAUCGACGACAAAUGUGUGUGUGACAAGGGCUAUCACGGAGACGGCAAUACUAGAUGUGAAGUGGACGGAUUUUGUGACGGAAAAACGUGCGCGGCAUUUGCGCAUUGUGUUAACUUCCAGUGCGUUUGUAUGACGGGUUAUCGGGGUGACGGGUACGAUGAGUGUGACGAAAUAUGUGGUGGACAGAUAUGUACUGACAACGCUGAAUGUCACGACGGCAAAUGCACGUGCAUUUCCGGAUACCAUGGUGAUGGAUAUAUCCGUUGUGAAGUUAAUGGUAUAUGCGGGGGUCAGAGAUGUGUGGCAAAUUCAGAAUGCACCAACUUCCAGUGCGUUUGUAAGGAAGGGUUCGUCGGAAACGGCCGAACUUUCUGUGAACCUCUUUGCAAAGGCAGAAAAUGCACUUCGUUUGCAUACUGUUCCCAAGGGAGUUGCAUGUGUAAGGAAGGUUACCAUGGAAAUGGUUACCAGAAAUGUGAAUCUGUGGAGUAUUGCGGCGGGAAACAGUGUGCUGCCAAUGCCGAAUGUUCUAACUAUGUGUGUCGUUGUAAACAAGGAUAUAUCGGAGAUGGGACCACGAAGUGCGAAGAACUUUGUGGCGGACGCAAAUGUGUAGACCAUGCAGAGUGCAGACAAGACACAUGUUUCUGCGAAGAGGGCUACCAUGGAAAUGGAUUUUUCAAAUGUGAACCUGAAGGCAUUUGUAACGGCCUACCAUGUGCCCCCAAUGCCUACUGCAAUAACUACAUGUGUUUGUGUGAAAGGGGAUACUUUGGAAAUGGAUAUAAAAAAUGUAAUCCCUUCUGUAACGGACGUUUAUGUGUGGAAAAUGCUGAUUGUGCCAAUGGAACUUGUACCUGUCACCAAGGUUACCAUGGCAAUGGAUACUUAAAGUGUGAACCCCUUGGUUUGUGUGGAGGUCGGAAGUGUGCGGAUUACGGAACGUGUGAGAACUUCCGGUGUGGUUGUAGACACGGUUACUAUGGGGACGGCUACAACUUCUGUGAUCCUAAAGGAUACUGUAGAGGAAGGAAAUGUGCUGAAAAUGCUGUCUGUGAUGACGGACGGUGUGUUUGUAAGGGUGGUUACUAUGGUGACGGUGAAGUGGAAUGUAAAAGAAGAUGUGUAUGUACUGCAUCUGGGGACCCUCACGUGCGAACGCACGACGGAGAGAGCAUCGAUGUUACUAAUGCAUGCCGAUAUAUUCUCACUAAGUCAACCAUAGCAUCCGACGCAUGCGCAUUCACUGUGAAAAUAAACAACAGUCACGAGGGAUUGAAUUCGUCUACGUGGGUGAAAUCGGUUGAUAUACAGAUCUAUGACACCAAGCUCAGUUUGGGAAGUGAUUACAAGUUUUAUGUGAAUGGCUAUCUUCGUUAUACGCCGAAUUUCGUGGCUGACGGGAAUGUUAGGAUAUACAUGUCAGGUCAGUGGCUGGUAGUAUGGACAAAGUGUGGCCUUGUUGUUUGGUGGGAUGGACACGGUGCCGUUGUGGUGCGGGUGCCGUCACGAUACCACGGAGAACUUAAGGGUUUAUGUGGCAACUGUAACGGUGUGGGGCAAGAUGACUUCACUACUGCAGACGGCAAGAACGUGGCAGACCACCCAGCGGAAAAGAGAGACAUGCUUAUAGCCGGUAGCUACAUAGUUCAAGAGGCAAUUCGACCUGAAAAUAAUCAAAGAAAAUGCUUGAUCUCGGUUCCAACAAUUUUGUGUAGUGAGGAGAGAAAAUUAACAGCUUCCAAACCAGAUAUGUGUGGACUGCUGGAUUUAUCUAGGGUAGAAAGCCCGUUCCGGAAGUGCAUGGAUUUUUACCCAUACUUAGCGCGACGUGUAUACCAAGCGUGUGUUCGAGAUGUUUGUAGAUACUUUGAAUUUCAAAUCAAGUUGGAACAGAUCAUCAGAGCCUAUAUGGCGGAAUUCGCCCUGGAAUGUAGCCAGAGAGGGUUUACCAUACGAUACAGAACAUCAACAUUUUGUUCUAUUAAGUGCAAGGAAAAUAUGAGGUACUCGGACACAGUCAGUGGAUGUCCCGCAACGUGCAUGCAUCCUAAUCAGACCUGUGAUCUUCCGACCUCUGAUGGGUGCGAGUGUCAGCCCGGGUACGUCCUGGAUGGAGACAAAUGCGUCAAACCUGAGAUGUGUGGUUGUGUUUGUCCAAUCGAAACCUAUGUACCUAUUGGCGGUACGUUUGUGACGGAGGAUUGCAGUGAGAAGAUGACAUGUAAACAUAUCAAUGGACUGGCUCGUUUCAGACGGACAGAGAUAGAUAUUGAGUGUCACACUCAUGGCAUGUGUGGUCUGUUGGACGGGGUCCCUACCUGUGUAUGCAUGCCCGGUUAUCAUGGAGACGGCAGACAGUCGUGUGUUGAAAGGUGA